AUGCUAUCGCAGCGUGACCAGUCGUCGUCGCUGCUGCUGCAACAACAACAACAACAACAACAACAACAACAACAACGGCAGCAGCAGCAGCAGGGCCUGCAUAUUAGUAACAAUCACAGUCAGCUUUCGAUCCCUUGGGGAAAGCAUGCCGACAUGCGGCCGGCUAGAAGGACAUCAUCCAGUGCUCUAUCCAACACAUCGACCACCGAUCUUGAGGAGACCUUUUCUGACAGAGAUUCCUCUCAGGAUGUCUCCUCCUCGCCACCGCGCAGCAACCAGAGCUCCUGGACUGCCUCUUCCACAGGAACAGCCCCUUCUGCAGCGCCCUCAACAGCAGAGCGCAAGAAGAGCAAAACGUCCGGCCUCAAGCUCAGUCUCAAGAGCUUGCGCGCGCCAAAGUCUCAGCCUCAGAUGGCUCCUCAAGAGAGCACAGAUGGACAUGGCUCUCACAUGAUGCCCGAUGGAACCUUCGGAUCCUCGCUGGAAGGCUGGUCGUCAUCCGAUCGGCCGCCAAUGGACCGGACUCUGUUCCAUAACGGUCGUCGGGAUUCAACACAAUCGACGCACCAACCUUUUUCGACUUCAGCGCCAAAGGCCUCUUCGCGGCUGUCGUUCUUACACUCCCCAAUCCCUACAUCCCCCUUGAUGCGCCCAUCUCACCAACGGAGUAACACAACUCCAUUACAAUCGCCUGGACCGCCCUGCUAUGCCACAUCACCUGGGAGAUCCAUUACGUCUCCUUCCCCUCAACCCGUCAAGGAAACCCACAAGAUGAUGAAGGAGUAUGAUCCCAUGACUGGAAACAAGAUGAUUAACAAGUACAUGGUCGUUCAAGAGCUGGGUCGAGGCGUCCAUGGCAAGGUCAAGCUGUGUCGGGAUACAACUACGGAUGAACUCUGUGCCAUCAAGAUUGUUGACAAGACCACCCGUAGACGCCUGGGAAGAUCCCAGGCCUCGAACGAGCAAAAGAUCCGUCGCGAGAUUGCCAUCAUGAAAAAAUGCAUCCACCCCCAUGUUGUCCGCCUCAUUGAAGUCAUUGACGACCCCACAGCCCGAAAGAUCUAUCUUGUGAUCGAGUACAUGGAAGGCGGCGAGGUCAAGUGGAAGGAUACGAACGAAUGCCCUAUUUUGCCACUCGGGGUCGCGCGGACGAUAUUCCGCGAUAUUGUCCUGGGCUUGGAAUAUCUCCAUAUGCAGGGCAUCAUUCAUCGUGAUAUCAAGCCAGCCAACUUGUUGAAAUCCGCUGAGGGUUCUGUCAAGAUUUCCGACUUUGGUGUAUCUCACUUUAGCGAAAAAACCUCGCUGGAUCGCGACUUGGAAAACUCGCCCAUCGUCUCGAAGGGGUUUCACGUUCCUUCAACUUCGCAUCCGGACUAUUCGCCACGGCACAGCAUGCCAUCUUCGCCUAUUUUUUCAUCCUUCGGAAAGAACUAUUCGGCAUCGAACAGUAGUCAGCAUCUGGACGCGUCACAGUCAAGUCAGCAAAAGCAAUCAUCUGCGGUCGCGCAGUAUCAACAGUGGGGCGAUGACCUCGAGUUAGCCAAGACUGCCGGCAGCCCUGCCUUCUUUGCUCCUGAGCUAUGCCACGCUAGCGAUUUUAAUUCUCAGAGCCUCUCUGCCACGGCAACUGCAUCUCAGACUUCUGUUAUCGGGUCAUCACAGGUUGCGGCGUCAAGUCUUUCUAAUCCCUUUGGACCACUGCCUUCUUCCAAUGGCCACCCAACUGGUCGGCCACCUAUUACCAAGGCAAUUGACAUCUGGGCUCUUGGCGUCACUCUCUACUGCUUUGUGUUUGGGCGAUGUCCGUUUAUCGCGGACACCGAGUUUGAACUCUUCAACAUUAUUCCUCGAAAGCCACUCACAUUCCCGGAAGGCAUUCCAGGGAGAGAGACGAUCGAUGCUGGCUUGGUGGAUCUUUUAUCGCGGCUUCUCGAAAAAGAUGUCUACAAGCGAAUCACGCUCAAAGAGGUCAAGGAGCAUCCAUGGGUCACUGAAGACAUUACUGACCCUGUUCGAUGGAGGAUUGAGACAGAUCCUAUGCACUACCAGAGAGUGCAUGUCACUGAGGAUGAGGUCCAGGGUGCAGUCAAGAUCAUGGACAGAAUCAAAAACCGCAUUCGCAAGCUAUCUGUCUCUAUUAGCAACUUUACCAUCAACCGCCGGCGAAGCAAGUCGAUUUCGUCCACUCAUGCACCAGAUUCUCCCACGACGGAGCAAGGCGGAAUACCCUUUUCAAGGUCGCCAAUAGCCACACCAGGACACUCGGGUGGCCACUCGCAAUCACAAACACAGCAAGUGGGAGGCAACCCGAUGUCGCUGCCUGAACGAUUCCACCACUACCACUCGUACAAUGGCUCCGGGUCCGGCUUUGGAUCGGGCCGACUUGAGAGGCCAAACAGUGUCUGCAGUAACUCUAGCAGUAUUGAUGAAGGGGAUGAGGGCGAGGAGUAUGGUACCAGCUCGGGAUCCACUCGCACCAGCAACACCAGUUCCAGCAUCACCAUCACCAUCAUCCACUUCCACCAGCACCUCACCAGCAUCAACAGCAUCCCCUACCUCCAACCCAACAUCAACAUCAGCAUCAGCACCAUGGCGGGAAUCAAAAUCGCCCGCCUUCAAUUCUAG